AUGCAGCCCCGGGCGUCGCACAUCUCGUCCCACACACGUACCUCGCGGAUCUCCGACUCCCCACACCAUCGCCGCCUUGUGAGCGGGGGAGCCGAACUGCGCCACGCGGACAGAGACGCCAAAAACGCCUAGGGUUUGCUGGGUUGCAUGGUUUGUCUCCCGGCGAGAAAUCGCAUGUAAGAGGGAUUCAUAGCUUGUUGUCAGGUACAGCGGGGAAAGGGGGUAGCGUGGAAUGAAAACAAAGGCUGCAAUCACUGUCUGUGUUAAUGCGUCUGUUCAGGUGACCCUCGUAGCUUAAUGGCGUCAGAGUCCGCCAGUGCAUCCGCCCGCAGCCCCGCUGACAUGCACUUGAAGGUCGGCGGCCGCGCAUUCGUCCUGCCCGGUAGCGUCAUCUCGCAUCUGCGGCGCAAGCACCCCCGCUCCGUGCUUACCGUCAUGCUCAGUAGCCAGUGGUCCAGCAGCCUCAAGCGUGACCAUGAGGGCAACAUCAUCCUGGCUGACUGGGAUGCGGACAGCUUCGAGCUGCUGCUGCAGCGGAUGGAGAAGGAGGCGACGGACGGCAGUGCGGACGGCAUCAAGAUCCCUAGCGAGAUGAGGCGCAACUAUGACGAGUUGUGCGACCUCGUGGGCAUCCCGCUGGCCAAGGCGGCGUUUCCGCUGAAGCUGGUCAAGAUGGAGGGUCCCGACAGGGCCGGCACCAAUGCCAGUUGGUCGAACAAGGAGGGCAAGCUGACCAUCGAGCGCAACGGAGGAGAGGCCUGGCAGAGCGAAGUGGGGCUGCAGUUUGCAUAUCCCAAUGAGGGCAAGUUCUGCCUGUCGGUGAGCGGGACGGCGGGGGCGAGCGUGAGACUCUCCAUCUCGAGCAUUGAAUUUGACACAUUCGACCUCGUGAGCGAGACCUUCGUGCUCAGAGACGACCGCCGCAUAGGUUAAUGAGUGCAUGGAUGCGAAAACACUAUAGGUGGUGUGGUGUAUAUACUUCCUCAGGUGUGUUUGGCAAGGCCGGUCUGGAGGAAUCGGCCGUCGUCGAGUGGAACGUCGAUGGCGACGGGAAGAGCACAGGCGUGCGGCAGCUGGCCCGUUCGCCGCUGGGCUUCGACGAGAGGUGCAUCCAGUGUACGUGCAAUGCUGGUGCGGCCGGCACGACGACAUUCACCUUAGAAUACGAGGCCGAUGCGGACGAGUCGGACCUCUAAGGCAGGUGAGAGAAUAAACAGGGCAAUGGGGACAUGUUUGGAUUGUCCUUAACAGUGGUUGUGUCGUUCGUUUGUACAGGCGUUCAAGCCAGUGUAGCCGUAGCCUUCCCAUGGACCUAGCGAGCUACUAAGUGUGCAUACAUGGUGGAUGCGGGAUUAGUGAUCGGAUGAUGGAUGGAUGGACGGAUGGAUGAGGCGAGGCGAAAAGCGAUGGGUGGCGCGCGCGCAUGGGGGUGGUCGUGGUGUGUGUGUGUGUGUGUGUUUGUGUUUGUGUGAGUGUGUAUGCAAUCGACUGCCUUACCCCCGACAACCCCCCACUCGUUGAUAUCUG